AAAACGGAAAGGAGCGCCGGGUUUUGCUGGGCGGCGGAGAACCUCCGUCCUCGGGAAUGACCUGAAAUGCCUUAGCCCUCUGCUCCCUCUCGGCGGGGACCUGGGGUCAGGCAGCGGCUUCCUUCUCGCCCGAUGCAGCCCAGCUUCGCGUCAUGAACAGGGUCCAGCUGAAGCGAUCUGCGAUCCUGAAGAUGGCCCUUGGCGGUGGGUCGGAGCCCCUGCUCCAGCAGCAGCCAGAGGAAGAGGAAGAUGGCGAGGGCGGAAGCAGCAGUAGCAAGGAGCCCCCGUUCCUCUUCAGGGCCAUCCGGAUCGCCACGGUGGUCUCUCUCUACUGGUUCAUUUCCAUCACGAUGGUCUUCCUCAACAAGUACUUGCUGGGGAGCCCUUUGCUGCGCCUGGAAGCGCCACUCUUCGUCACUUUCUACCAGUGCCUUGUCACCGUCGUCAUUUGCAAGCUGCUCAGCCUGCUGGCCUCCUGCUGCCCGCCAGGCUUCCUGGACUUCCCCUCCAUCCGGAUGGACCUCAAGGUCUCCCGCAGCGUCCUGCCCCUUUCGCUUGUCUUCACUGGCAUGAUCACCUUCAACAACUUGUGCCUCAAGUUCGUCGGCGUGGCCUUUUACAACGUGGGCCGCUCCCUCACCACCGUUUUCAACGUGCUCCUCUCUUACGUGCUCCUGAAGCAAACCACUUCCUUGUACGCCCUUCUCUCCUGCGGAAUUGUCAUCGGUGGCUUCUGGCUUGGGAUAGAUCAAGAGGGAGAGGAAGGCACCCUGUCCUGGGCAGGCAUCAUUUUUGGGAUACUUGCCAGCCUCUGUGUUUCACUGAAUGCUAUUUACACUAAAAAAGUCCUGCCUGCUGUGGACAGCAGCAUCUGGCGUCUGACAUUCUAUAACAAUCUUAAUGCUUGUGUCCUGUUUUUGUUCCUCCUGUUGUUCACAAAGGAGUUCUCCAUACUCUACCACUUUGAUAAAUUGGGGAACAUCUACUUCUGGGGCAUGAUGACUCUAAGUGGGGUAUUUGGCUUUGCUAUUGGCUAUGUGACGGGGCUCCAGAUCAAAUAUACCAGCCCCCUUACGCACAAUGUCUCUGGGACUGCAAAAGCCUGUGCCCAGACAGUGUUAGCUGUCUGCUACUAUGAAGAAACCAAGAGCUUGUUGUGGUGGGCUAGUAACAUGUUGGUUCUAGGGGGUUCUUUUGCAUAUACCUGGGUAAAAGGGUUGGAGAUGAAGAAGGUACAGGUGGAACCGCUUCCCAAAGCAAGCGAGAAAAAUGAUGCCCUGGUCUGAAUUCCCCUGUCGUGCAUUUCACUGCAGGAAUGAAAUGGACCUUAAAUAGGAAGAGAAAGAGAGGGAUGAAUGUCUCAAGGCAAGAGUAACUACACAUAUAGGAAAUAGAAGACAUGCCGAGAUUUCUGAUGUAAUGCAUAUUUGCUACAAUAAUCAUUGGAGAGGGGAAAGGAUGAAAUUUUCACAAGUGGUGUGGGUUCUAUUAAAAACAGCUUUAAGGAAGUAAGAAGAGGUGGGUCCUUGCUCUACUUACUUGAAGUGGUGUGUGUUCACUGUAGCUAGGUUUCUCUUCCUCUUUGUCUCCUCACACAUCUCACAUAGCAGUCCAGUGUGCUUCCUGGAGAGGCCUGAGAAUGGUUCUCUUAAGAUUGUUUGCUCUUCUACCCUUGUGGGGCAAACAUGUUGCAAGAAACACAGAUUUGCAACUUGACUUGCUAAAAGGCAGUCCUGAUGCCAGGGUCCUCAAGUGUUUCUGCCAGUGCUACUCAGCACAUUAUCAUCCCUUUGGACAGCCUAACUGGAGAGGAACUGAACUAAAGGAAACAUGAAAGGGCAUUGAGAGGUCCUAUGGUCUGGCUUCUUCCAAAUCUAAAGAGGUAAUCAACUAUUUUUACCAGCAUUGUUGAAGAAAUGGAUGUCAGUGGUUGCUAAUGGACUCUUAAAAAAGUUAAAAUGUCUGCACGCUCUUGCUCUUAAAGCAGCAGCACUUGUGAGUGGGUACAUAGGUUUGUUUUUGAUAUGUACUGUACUGAGAGGGCCUUCUUGGCUCCAAGAGCCAAAUUUCAUUGGAAUGUUUAAUUCCAUUUGCCUUGUUGCCUUGCUAGUGCCCCCCCCCCAAGUGUUCCCCUUUCCCUAAUUUUGUGCUGGGAAGUGAAUUAUCCAUUGUAGAUCUGCAAUUGAUAAGUGUAUUUAAUAAAAUUUUGAUUUGUCAUUUUCAGAA